GCUGUAGCAUGCUAGCGUGCGGACAGGCUGCGCGGGCGAGCUAAAGCUACAGCCGGGGCACUCGGAGGCGCCGCACCGGUCCCGCCGACACGUCGACUCGAACAUGAGCCUCACGGGCACACUCGAGUCGACCGAAUGGCGGCGAUGACGAGCUCUCGCCCGGUGGCGGACGGGCCGCAUGUGAGCGGGCUGGCGCCGGUGGCGUCAGCUGAGACACUUGUUUUCCUGGCGGCUAGCUAACACGGGCUGCAUCGUGUCGCAGAGCUAGCCUGCUACAUACUUUGCCCAGCAGCUGAGAAGAGUCUCGCAGGUGGCAUAAAGAUGACGGCGGCAUAGUGAGUGAGCGGGUCAGUCUUGGCUGGUUGAGGUGUGGAGGGGACACCACAAAACCACGCCAGGAUUCUGACUAAUACAAUUUCCACUGCCCUCAAUAAAUCUCUGCAUCAUCCAUGUCUGUCCCUGGAUUGUAGCUACAAUUAUGGUGACGCUUAUCACAGAGCGGCUCCGUAAGCAGAGUCUGGAAGAGCCUUAUCACAAGGCUUUUUCAUUCAAUGUGAAUGUGUCAUUGCCUGCAGUGGGCUCCAGUCCCACUGUCUCGUGGAGUACUGGUAGAUCGAGACAAGAGACCAGCUCAGCCACGCACCCAUCAUCCAAAGCCCCCAUUCUAGAUGAAUCCUGUGGACUUGACUCCCUAUGGCCUCCUUCCCACUCUGGAGGACAGCUCCAGAGAAUGGAGGUUUCCUUCACAGAUGAGGCUUUACAAAGCUCACCCCCGCCACCACCUCCAAAACGCCACUGUCGGUCCCUUUCUGUUCCAGAGGACCUGUUUCGGUGCCGCUCCACCUGGCAUCCAAGUGCAUCCAAGGUUUGGAUGCCAGUCAAACGUGGCUGCCAAAGUGGAGGAGCAUCUAGUUCAGGCUCUGGAGCCAGCUCUUUGCCACUUUGUGGUCCCAAUUCCUCUUUCACCUCUUCCUCUCUACACUCAUCUUCUAGCCCUACUUUCUUUAGCUUAGCACUGUCCUCUGACUCGCCACUACCAUGGAGCUUCCCAUGGGACCCCUGUGACACACUGAAAGGAACCUGCUCUGCCUCCUUUGCCACACCUUCCUCCUGCUCCUCUUCACCAGCCCCUUUGAUUUCACACUCAAUGCUGCAGCGCCGCUUCUCCCUCUCCCCUGUGCACAUUCAGGACACCUCUGUUGUGCUCCUGCCCCCCAAGCCCUCCCCUGCUUCUGCUCUGACAUAUGGCUUUUCUGGCAUGGAGCACCCAGCCCUGUCUCCAUCUCCCACUUCAGCCUGCAGUACACCAUCCUCCUGUAGGCGGGACCUGCGCCCAGCGAUGCCGCGAUGCCACUCACAGCCCUGUGACAUGCGCAAACCUCGUUUGAAGAGGCGCCAUGAUGCAGAUGUUCUCCCCUACCCUAGGCCAGGGCUUGACUUCAGCAAGAUGACACAGAUUGGUAAUCGUGAGAGCCUAGCGUGUGGCACAGAUGGCUGCAUAGUACCAGUGUCUUCCCAGGCAGAGCAGUGCUCAGCCUUCUCCCCUGCAGAGUUCCUGGGACGAGGCAGCAUUGGGCCACUAAGUGAAAGUGAAGAAGAAGAAGAUGAGGAGGAGGAAGAUAAAGGCAAAAGGACUGUAAUAGAUGGAGGGCAAAAGAUUGUUUUUGAAAGGGACUGCACAGAACUGGAUUUGACCCUUAUAGAAGAAAACUGACCACUUGAAGGUCCUCCAAGUGUACUCAGAGCCUCCAUAACCACGUUAAGCACACCAGUAGGCUUUGUGUGCUCUGUGGGCAGAAUCCUUGGGAACCUGCUGCCCUCCUAAGGCUUACAUCCAGAGUUUGUAAUCAAGAACCAAGCAAAUAGGGUUAUCAGUAUCAAAUUACAAUGUAAUGAUUGUAACACUCGAGCUAGUUCACCAUUCAACAUUUCAAAAUACAUGUCAGUGCCUGCCUAUUAAACACUCCAUAGGGAAAUGUGCAUGAACAAAUAAACAAGUUUUCAUGCACACAGACUUUUGGCUAAUAAUUCACAUUGAUACAAGUCUUAAUUAGCGUUAACUGUCGGUAUGCAUCUUGAUAUCCUUACAUAUCCUUAUGAAAGAACAUUAUAUAUUGCAGUAAGCAGAAUAUCUCAUUAUUUGCUCAUAAGUGACACACUAAAGGCAGACUAAAUGGGAUGGAGACUAGCAUUCCUCUAUGACCCAUCAGAUACUUUGUGUGUCGUCAGUCUACUGAGCCAAGUGUUUGGGCCUCUGAAUUUGGACAAGUGUAUGCGAGUUGGUAAAGUUUAACCUAAUUUUGCCAAGUGUAGUUAAAUAUCCAUAUAUAAAUGCUCUCCGGUAGGUCUAACAGGAUACAUUCCAAGAAAUCACUGCAGUUCCUUAAAUCUCUCGCAGACCCUGGGGACAUAAAAAUACUUUUCCUGCUGUUCUGUCAUUGAUUUAGCUUGUCCUUUUGGAGCAACUCUACAUCAUUAAUGGGAAGGUUUUCUUCUGAUGGAAGAAAGGAUAUGCACCCGUUUUUAUUCAUGUGUUCUUUUUUCUUGUUUUUCUUUUCUCAAUCAUUUGGACACUAACGUCAGCAGCCAUACUGAGGAUACUGUAAACUGACCAUGCCUUAAGCUUAAAAUACAGAGUUCUUGGGGCUCUGGUCUUCUUUUCACAGCCAGACUUUUUUGCAAACUCCAUUGCGCCGAUUCGAAUAUUUUUUUAACAGGUGGUACAUGCACUCUAAUUGUCAGUUGAAUAACUGAAUCGAUGCUGCAGCUGGACUUGAUAAGGCACAAUGAAAUGUACUGUACAGUGGUUAGAGUGAGUACACAUGUCGAGCCAAUUCUAUGAGUGUAUGUGACAAGGGUGGGAGUGAUGCGAAUGAUUUGGUGGCCUUUCAGAAAUGAUUUUUCAUGUGUUUUCAGAUGGAAAUAUUCCUGUUGCACAAUUAAUUUACAAAUAAACUUUAAUAGAGAAUGAUAUUUUUUUUUCCAAAA